AUGAGUUCCAUGAACGCCCGUUUCAAGAACCUAGUGGGUUCGAAACGCAAGAGUUCCUCACACAAUCCCUCGCCCACGCCCCAAGGCAAUCCCGCCCCCACGGGAGCGCAACGACCGACGUCGCUAUCGCCCCAGGCUUCGAAUUCGAGCAGCACCUCGCUCCCCAUGAACCAGCAAAACCCCCUGGGCCGCCCGCCCUCGUACACGUAUGCCCCGCCCGGCGGCCUCGGUGCGCCGCAACAACAGCACGGCCGGCCCGCGAGCCCUCUGCCGCCCAUCAACACGGGCGCGCCUGGCUACCCGCCCCAGCAGACCCCCAUGGGCUACCCGCCGCAGGCUGGCCCGCCUGGCUAUCCUCCCCAGGGCCCGCCGGGAGCUGGACAGUACGGCCAGGGCUACGGCGCUCCUCCACCGGGAGCUCCUGCCCCUCAUGGUCCCCCCGCAACGUACAAUAGGCCCUCGGGCAUGGCAGAAGUAGCGGGCGAAGGUCGCUCCAAGGCCCAGCUCAUUGUGGGCAUCGACUUUGGCACCACCUUCUCCGGCGUCGCAUUCGCCUUUGCGACCAACACCGAGGCCAAGGAAGACAUCAUCACCGAAUGGCCGGGCGCGGGCAACCAGACAAAGCAGAAGAUUCCCACCGUCCUCUACUACGACCAGUACCAGAAGGUAGUCGGAUGGGGCCCUGACAUCGCCGAUGCUCUGGCCCCCACGGGCUACCCCAAGCCUGGUGUGCAAAAGGUCGAAUGGUUCAAGCUGCAGCUCAUGCUGUCCGGAAACACAUACAUCGACCCCAUCAACCUCCCGCCGCUACCCCCGGGCAAGUCUGAGAUCGAUGUCGCCGCCGACUACCUCUUCCACCUGCGCCAGGCGAUGCGGAACCAGCUGCAGAAGACACUUGGUGAGGUGUUCAACCGCGAGGAGCGCAACAUCAGAUACUACCUGACAGUGCCCGCCAUCUGGAACGACGCUGGAAAGGCUGCAACGCGUGCGGCUGCCAUUCAGGCUGGUUUCUUGCGGGACGAAAACGACAACCGACUGACCCUCAUCACCGAACCCGAAGCCGCCGCCAUGUUCUGCUCAAAGACCGGUCUGCUCAACCUCAAGAUACACGACGCCGUCCUCAUUGUCGAUUGCGGUGGUGGCACUGUCGAUUUGAUCGCCUACGAAGUCGAAGAAGAGCAGCCCUUCUCCGUCGCCGAGUGCACAGCUGGAUCCGGAGACUCAUGUGGUUCCACUGCGCUCAACCGCAACUUCAGCAACAUCCUGCGAGCCAAGAUCAGGAAGAUGAAACUCCCAGAUGGCUCCAAGACAGCCGGUAAAGUGUACGCCAAAUGCAUCAUGGACUUCGAGAACAGGAUAAAAGCCGACUUCCGAAACAAUGGUCAAAAAUGGGCUGUCGACGUCGGUAUCGAGGCUGAAUUCCCCGAGGCUGGCAUUGAGGAGGGGUACAUGACCUUCACCAAUGAGGAGAUUCUACAGUGCUUUGAGCCUGUGGUGAACCGCAUUCUCGAGCUUGUCAGGAACCAGAUAAUUGCUAUUCAGGCACAGAACAGGUCAUUGCAGAAUGUCUUGGUGGUCGGUGGUUUCGGUGCCUCCGAAUAUCUCUUCCAACAAAUCAAACUCCACGUCCCGCCCCAAUUUCAGUCAAAGGUCGUCCGUCCCAUGGACUCCGUCGCCGCCAUCGUCAAGGGAGCCGUCACAGCCGGUAUCACAGAGCGAAUUGUCACACACCGUGUUGCGCGUAGGCAUUACCUCAUGGCCACUCUCCAGCCAUUCAAAGAGGGCCACCACCCCGAACAAUACCGUGUCCCGUCUCUCGACGGCAAAGAUCGCUGCAAGUACACACGCCAGAUUUUCGUGCAAAAGGGCCAAAGAGUCAAGAUUGGCGAGCCAGUCAAGGUCUCGUUCUUCAGACAAGUCGCGCCUGGUGCGACGCUCAUGUAUGAGGAUAUACUCUACGCAUGCGACGACGAUGUUUGCCCAGAGUACACCAAAGACCCUCGCAUCAAGGAAGUCGUCACCCUCACCUCCGACCUCUCACGAAAGAACCUCGAAAAAGACUUUGAACGCAUGGAUACCCCUCAAGGUACUUUCUACCGCGUCUACUUUGACAUCUACCUCACGCUCGACGGAUCCGAAUUCAAUGCCGAGCUCGUCUGCCAGGGCGAGGUCAUGGGCCGCUGCACUGCUCGCUUCAGAUAA